AUGAACGCUCAAGGUUUACUCGACGCCCUCACAGCCGACGAGGCAUCACACAUGGCCUUCCUGCAAUCCUUUGUGCAGGCCCCCUCGCCCAACCCGCCAGGCGAUACCCGCCAGGCCGCAGCCGUCAUCCAGACCUACCUCUCCUCCCAUAACAUCACCACACAAACCAUCGCGCCGAGAGACGUCAUGCCAAACGUCGUCUCUGACUUCACCGGCGGUGGCGGCGAUGGGCCACGACUGGUAAUGAAUGGGCACAUAGACGUCUUUCCAGCCGGCACGGGUUCCGACUGGGACCGCAGCCCCUGGUCUGGCGAGGUGAUCGAGGGCCGCCUGCACGGCCGCGGGACGGUGGACAUGAAGGCCGGAACAGCCGCCAGCGUCGUCGCCUUCGCCUACCUGCACCGCUACCGAGCACAUCUACGCGGCAGCGUGGCGCUGUGCGCGGUGAGCGACGAGGAGACGGGCGGCAAGUUCGGCACGCGCUGGCUGCUGGACCACGGGCGGGACGGGCGACAGGAGCUGGCGCCAGGGGAGAAGAGCCCGUGGGCGGGCGACGUGAUGAUCGAUGGCGAGCCGGGGGCGCUGAGCACGAUCCGGUUUGCCGAGAAGGGCACGCUCAGGCUGACGUUUACCGUGGACGUGGGGCCCGGGGCGCACGGGGCCUUCACGCACCUCAGCAGGAGCGCGACGAGGAUCGCGGCGAGGCUGAUCGGGGAGCUGGCCGUCGUGGAGGACAUUAUGCCUGAGCUGGACCCGGCAUUGAGGGCGUAUGUGGCGAGGGAGGAUGUGCGGGCGGCGAUAGAUGAGUGUAUGGGGCCAGGCGCGGCGGAUAUUGCCCUGAGGUGCACGUUGAACAUUGGGACGAUCCAUGGGGGGCUCAAGGUCAAUAUGAUACCUGGGACGUGUGUCUUUGAGGCAGAUAUCCGGAUGCCGCUGGGCUUGACGGCCGAGCAGGUCAUGGAGGUCAUCUACGGCGUGCUGGAGAGAUAUCCCGACGCCAAGGUCGAGAUCCAGCAGGCUGCGAGUAACCCGGCUUCGGCAGGUGCUCAUGAUCACCCUAUGGUGGGCAUGUUGGCGAGGCAGGCGGAGCGGGUUACUGGCAGGAAGCCUCUGGCGAUUCCAUCGCUGGGGGCGACGGACUGCAAGUUUUAUCGGUACAAGGGAGUUCCGUCUUAUGUCUUUGGGGUCUCGCCUGAGACGAUGGGCGCCAAGAAUGAGAGUAUUUCUGUUCAGGAGUAUUUGUCUGUGUUGAAGACGCAUGCCUUGGCUGCUUGGGAGUAUCUUGGUGGGGAGAUGUAA